AUGGGUCAAAGUUAUUCUACACCGCUAUCUGUUGGCUGGCUGCCGGAGGGAACUUUCGGCCUGCCGGUCAUCCAGGCUGUUAAAGAAAAGAUAAUGGCUCCUGACCCUCGGGGCCAUCCGGACCAAGCUCCUUACAUCCUGGUCCUGGUCAUGGAGAGCUCUAAGGAAGAAAACCGGGAGGCACAGGAGAGCUGGAAGAAACCGAUACCCCAGGAAUCUUCUCUAUACCCUACGCUUCCUGUCCGGGUCGGGCCGGCAAAUCCUGACGGAGAACGGAAUUACCAAUAUUGGCCAUUCUCUACCAGCGACUUAUAUAACUGGAAAGCUCAAAACCCCUCUUUUUCUGAAAAGCCCCAAGGCCUUAUUGAUCUUUUAGAUACUAUCCUGUUUACUCACAAUCCUAUGUGGGAUGAUUGUCAGCAGCUGUUACAGGUGCUUUUCACCACAGAGGAACGGGAGUGAAUUCUGUCGGAAGCACGGAAACACAUUCCCGGAGUGGAUGGGAAACCGACCAUGCAGCCCCACCUAGUGGAGGAAGGGUUCCCUUCUGUGCGGCCGAACUGGGACUUUGAGCGUGCGGAAGGUAGGGAGCAUCUUCAGGUCUUUCGCCAGACUCUAAUGGCCCGUCUCCGGGCAGCCGCCAGGAAACCGACAAAUUUAUCUAAGGUGAAUCUGAUAAGACAGGAGCCAAACGAGAGCCCAGCAGCCUUCUUAGAGAGGUUAAUGGAAGCCUUUAGGCAGUAUACGCCCAUGGACCCUCAGGCUGAUGAGUCACGCACAGCAGUUCUGUUAGCUUUCGUGAACCAGGCAGCUCCAGAUAUCAGGAGAAAGUUACAGAAGAUAGAAGGGCUGGGGGAACUGUCAAUACAGGAUUUGGUGAGGGCAGCUGAGAAAGUGUUUAAUAACAGAGAGACCCCUGAGGAGAGGGAGGAACGGAUUAGACGGGAAGAAAGAGAAUAUGAGGAACGGAUUAGACGGGAGGAAAGGGAAUAUAGGGCUGAAGAAAACUGGAGAAAUCAGAAAGAAACUAAAGACACCCGGUUGGGAGGAAAGGAAAAACCAGCUAGACCUGCCCUAAAGAGAGACCAAUGUGCUUACUGCAAAGAGCAGGGACACUGGAAAAAUGAGUGCCCCAAGAGAGAUCUGAAGAAAAAGACUGUAAGAAAGGAAGAAUCUUCCUCGGGGACCCACGUCUUAUAUGCAGGGGAAGAUAGUGAUUAGGGGGGUCAGGGCCUGGCACCUCUCCCCGAGUCCUGGGUAACUAUUAAUGUGGAGGGGAAACCGGUCGGCUUCAUGGUGGAUACGGGAGCCCAAUACUCAGUUCUCAACCCAAAAUUUGGGCCGAUGUCCAAAAAGACUAGCUUGGUCCAGGGAGCCACCAGGACAAAGAGAUAUUACUGGACUACUAAACGAAAAGUGGACUUGGGAGCCCAACGGGUGUCCCACCCAUUUCUGGUGAUCCCGGAAUGUCCGGCCCCUUUAUUAGGAAGAGACCUAUUGGCCAAAGUCAAUGCGCAAAUUCACUUUGACUCUGGGGGGAUAUCAGUCACAGAUGGGCUUGGACAACCAAUUCAUGUUUUAUCCCUGGCACUGAGAGAUGAAUACAGACUAUAUUCACCAAAACCCCCUGCAGCGGUGGAUCCUGCUAUGCAACAGUGGAUUCAGAAAUACCCUCUGGCCUGGGCAGAGAUAGCGGGAAUGGGACUGGCUAAACAAAGACCUCCCAUUGUUGUUGAAUUAAAAGUAAAUGCUAUUCCUGUGAGGGUGAAACAGUAUCCCAUGAGCCAGGACGCCUGGCAAGGAAUUAUGCCACACAUCCAGCACCUCCUAAAGGCAGGAAUUCUCAAAAAGUGCCGGUCCCCAUGGAAUACUCCCUUGUUGCCUGUGAAAAAGCCCAGGGGAGCAGACUUUAGACCAGUCCAAGAUCUUCGUGAAGUCAACAAACGGGUGAGUGACAUUCAUCCCACUGUCCCUAACCCAUAUACCCUCCUGAGCAGCUUGCCACCAGACUAUGUCUGGUAUACAAUUUUAGACUUGAAAGAUGCCUUUUUCAGCUUGCCUUUGGCCCCCCAGAGCCAGGAAAUCUUCGCAUUUGAAUGGGCUGACGAGGACGGCCAAACUGUGGGGCAGCUGACCUGGACUCGCCUCCCACAGGGGUUCAAAAACUCGCCGACGUUGUUCAGCGAGGCUCUAGGCGAAGAUCUCUGUGAGUAUCGAACCAGCCACCCCGAAGUCGUUCUGUUGCAGUAUGUAGAUGACCUCAUGCUGGCCGCUACGACUAAGGAGGUAUGCCUAAAGGCCACAGGCGAUCUCCUCCAGACUUUGGGGACACUGGGGUACCGGGCAAGUGCGAAGAAGGCCCAAACUGCUGGACAGGAAGUCAUUUAUUUGAGACAUAAAAUAAAACAGGGACAAAGAUGGUUGACUCAGGCUAUGAAAGAGACUAUUCUACGGAUCCCCGAGCCAACAACUCCCUGGCAGGUGAGGGAGUUUUUAGGGAUGGUUGGGUACUGCAGGCUAUGGAUUAUGGGGUUUGCUGAAAAGGCCUGACCUCUAUAUGAAGGAAGCAGAGAAAAUAGAGACUGGACUUGAACUGAGCCAAUGAGGCAGGCAUUUCAGGAACUUUGACAGGCGUUACUGGAAGCCCCAGCCCUUGCUCUUCCGGACCCAGCUAAGCCGUUUCAACUGUUUAUGGAUGAAAAGCAGGGAGUAGGGAAGGGAGUCCUGAUGCAGCAAUCGGGACUGUGGAGACGGCCUGUGGCAUAUCUCUCUAAACGACUGGAUCCAGUAGCUGCGGGAUGGCCACCCUGUCUCCAUAUCAUUGCGGCCAUUGCUCUCCUUGUCCAUGAUGCUGACAAGCUGACUUAUGGACAGCGUCUCCUGGUCUACACUCCUCACACCAUAGAGGGGAUCCUCAAACAGCCACCGGGUAAGUGGAUUUCUAAUGCUCGCUUAACCCAUUACCAGGCCCUGCUGCUGGAUACUCCCCGGAUACACUUUAAAACACCUUGUUUUCUGAACCCUGCCACUUUGCUACCCAUCCCAGAGGAGGAUGGGCCCCUCCAUGACUGUGUUGAAAUGUUAGCUGAGGUAACCGUCAUACGAAAAGACCUCAGCGACUUGCCAUUAGAAAACAGUGAGCUGGUAUGGUUCACGGACGGGAGCAGUUAUAUAAAGGAUGGAGAGAGAAAAGCGGGGGCAGCCAUAGUAGAUGACACUGGAAGGAUCAUCUGGGCUGAGGCCUUGCCCCCUGGAACAUCAGCCCAAAAAGCAGAACUGAUAGCUAUGAUACAAGCACUAGAGAGGGCAAAAGGAAAAAGAAUCACUGUUUACACUGACAGCCGAUAUGCACUCGGCACUGUGCACAUUCAAGGCCCCAUAUAUAAAGAGCGGGGGCUCUUGACGGCGGAGGGAAAAGAGAUUAAAAACGUGCCUGAGAUUCGCACACUCUUGGCAGCGGUCCACUUGCCCCGGGCAGUGUCCAUAGUGCAUCUCCCGGGACACCAGAAAGGAGAGGGUGCCAGGGCCCGAGGCAACCGUGCUGCCGAUGCAGCAGCCCGUGAGGCAGCUGCUGGAGGCCACGAAGCCCAUACACUGACUGUGGGAUUGCCACCGCCGGGGAUGGGAACACUUCCCCCAAGCCCCAUAUACUCCCCCUCUGAUUUGAGCUGGGUGCAAGAUAAUACCACCCGUCCUGCUGGCAAAAACGGAUGGUAUCGGGACCAAGAUGACAACUUGUUGCUUCCUGCCGACCUGGGCAGGCAUCUCUGUACCCAUUUACAUCAAACUACCCAUUUGGGAGAGAAAAAGACUUCGACACUCCUACAAACAGCGCAGCUGCGGUUUCCCCAACAGAAGAAAACCAUCCAGGAUAUAGUCUGCACCUGCAAGCCCUGUCAGAUGAUGAGACCAGGAAAAGGACAGCACACAGGUGUAAGAUAUCAGGGGGAAAGGCCAGGACAUCAUUGGGAGAUAGAUUUCACUGAGGUAAGGCCAGGCAAGUAUGGGUACCGUUACCUGUUAGUUUUGGUUGAUACAUUUUCUGGGUGGGUAGAAGCUUACCCUACUAAGAAGGAGACAGCGAUAGUAGUAGCUAAGAAGCUCCUAGAAGAGAUUAUACCUAGGUUUGGGCUGCCGGCAUCUAUCGGCUCUGAUAAUGGACCUGCAUUUGUGAGUAAAAUUGUUCAGGGACUGGCCUCAGCCCUGGGGACCAAAUGGAAGUUACAUUGUGAAUACAGUCCCCAGAGCUCAGGACAGGUAGAAAGAAUGAAUCGGACCCUAAAAGAAACUUUAACAAAACUGGCAAUAGAGGCUGGUGGGGACUGGGUGACCCUCCUUCCCUUCGCGCUUUUUCGGGCACGAAACACUCCCUAUAAACUGGGUUUGACUCCCUUUGAAAUUGUAUAUGGAAGUCCACCCCCCGUUUGUCCAGCAUUUGAGGGAAAAACCAAACCACCUCUCCCGCUACGCGCUUUCCAACAGGAGAUGCUAGCCUUGAGUAAGGUACAUAAACAUAUCUGGUCAUUGGUACGGGAAAUUCAUGAGGGCCAAAAUGAAGGAACAAUCCCGUCUCAUAAUAUAGGCCCAGGAGAUUGGGUUUGGGUUAAAAGACACCAGUCAAGGACCUUAGAACCAAGAUGGAAGGGCCCUUGUGUUCUUCUUACCACCCCUACUGCCCUCAAAGUAGACGGAAUUGGACCCUGGGUACAUUGCAACCACACUUCACUUCGUGGCCCCCGCGGCGACCUCCGCGACGCGGAGCCCGGGGCGCGCCCCCGACGCUGCGGCGGGGACGCGGACCAUGGGGGCGGGGCAGCCGAGGCUGUGGGGUCGCCGGCCAAACUGCCCGCGGACUGGGGGCCUGUGGCCCCGGCCGCGAUGUGCAGGGCCUCCGAGGCUGCGCCGGGGCUGGAGGGCGCGGGCGCCAAGCUGGGGGUCGCGGCUGUUGCGAUCGCGCCAGUCGCCCGGGUUGCGCGGCGGGGGCGGGCCGACGGCGGCCGCCGCGCCUGGGCCUCACAAAGAGGAAACAGGCCAGCUCGUCAGUCCGCAGCCCCGGCACCAGGGCCCGCCCUGAGGGGCGAGGGUCGGUCGCGCUGGGACCCCCGAGGGGGCGCGGCGAAGAAGAGGCACUUCCUGCCUGGGCCCCCCGCCCUGGGCCGAUCCCAGAGGGUUUCGAAGCCUCCGAUCCGGAGAGGAGCCUCAGCCCCUACCCGGCCCCGAACCCACUCCCCGCCCUCCGCACUCACCCCGAGCGGCUGUGAAGUCGGCGGCCGCCUGCGGCUUUCGCUUCUCAGCUGGGAUGAAGCCCCUUAG